UAUGUGUACUGAAUCAUCUCUAUCAAUCGUGUCUUUUAUUUAAUUUGUGAUACAGUAAGUCUUUGAUCCUGGUCAAGGUUCGACCGUUGGCCUUGUAAUUUGUUAUUUAACGGUUAUUAAGCUUCACCACAGAAAUCAUUCAUUAGUAUAGUAAGUUUCCUUUGAUUAUGAUUUUAUUUAUAUGAAAUAGUUUUACUGAGACCGGGCUUGUAUCCUCCAGAUCCCGAAGUGCUUGUAAGCAAUAAACAGUCAUCAUUGAAUCGACAUCGGAGCGUCUGUGUGUCUUCGUUGGAGUCAACUACCAACUGUCAGCCGUUAGUCCACCACCAUCAUCAUCAUUACAACACAACGCAGAGACUGGGGAAACCGGAGUGGCUGAGGGCCUGAACCAUGCUGCUGGACGGUGGGUUCGCUGCUCUGCUGCUUCUCAUCACUGCAGUUUCUGCUGAGAAGGUUCCACCUCCAACAAACGUGACCGUGAGAUGCCAAAAUCUCCAAAUAACAGUCCACUGGGAAUACAGCAAGCAGGAACCGCAAACCAGAUUCGGGGUGAAAAUCUUAGGAACUCCUGAGGAAGGAAGGAAACAUGAGAAUGAAACCACAGACCAUCAGUAUGAUCUGAGCAACUACAUCUGGGAAUCUGAAAAGCACUAUAUGGGCUAUAAUUAUGUCAAUGUAACGGCCAUACAGGGAGGCAACCAGUCUGUACCAGUGUCGUCUAAAUCAUUCACCUAUAAAUAUGAAAAGACAGCUCAUAUAAAAUGCGAGUUAGAUUUCCCUCCAUUCAAUCUGACUGUGAAGGACUCGAAGGCUACAGUGAGAUUCGAGAAUCCCCUACACUACUACAAAAAACUGAAGAGAGCCAUCAAGCAGGAUGCAUUUCAACCUCCUCCCGUUUUUAGAUUCCAGGUGUCUAUAAAUGGUACCGACUUUAAUAAUGGAUAUUGCAGAAUCGAAGACCACAUCUGCACACAGGCUUUUUCAUCCAUUGAGGGUGUGAAUUGUGUCAAGCUGAGAGGACAGUUGUUUGAUGGGAGUGGUACUGGACAUGUUCCUUUCAGAGAGACGGAGCAGAUCUGUGCCAGUGAAUUGAGUGAUAAGGCUGAACUGGAUGUCUAUGUGAUGACCCUUUUUAUACUGCUGGCCAUCUUUGUCCUUAUUAGCAUUGUGAUCAUUUCGAUCAUCUGUAAGGAGAAGGCAUGUACAAUCAAUGACAGUCUACCAAAACCUCUGGAAUGGCCCCCAGAAAGCAGGCCCAUCGGUGUAUCCGUCGCCUCUGAGAGAGACCCGAGUGUUGUUGAACUGAUCAUCCACAGGCCCAAAAGGAGCCCCUCACUCACCUCGGAGGAGGAGAUCGACCUCUACGGGAGCCUCCAGGACGAUAACAGCGCCGCCUCUGAUCUCCAGCCUCUUGCAGGGUGCUUGUACAUGGAGAGAGGACUUUCAGAGAGCAGCAACGAGGACCUGGGAGCUGCUAGGCUGAGAUCAGAGGGACACAGGACAGAUGACGACUCUCUGGACGACUCGGUGAAAACAGAGUGUGUUUCGCUUGAUUCAGAGGAAGAGGAAAGGUCACCCUACGACUGCCCACACACUCACAUGGACAUGGGUGAUGGAGAUUUUGUAUUGGGUUACAACAAGUAAAGGGUAAAAUGACUCUCUGAAGACUUUUAAUAAUGAUUUUAAUUCAGGUAAUCUAGAAAAUCUUAAUGAGGAUUCGUACCUCUGAGCUAACUGUGCUUAAUACAAAGCUUAAACGAGUAAAAUCAGGAAGUUGCGUCUUGCUCAGGAGAACCUCAACAGAAGUUGGAAGAGAUGCCAUCAACCUCAAACCUUCUUCUCACUGACUACACAUUAAAAUGAAAUGCACGGAUCUAA